GGACGCCCGCAGGGCUGGGGCAUGGCAAGCAGGAUGGCGCUGCAGCUUGGCCCGCACGAACUGCAGCACGUCUUCUCCUUCCUGGAGGCUCGCGACCUGCUGCGCGCUGCGCAGGUGAACAAGGUCUGGAAUGAGGUUUCAAUGGCCAAUGAACUGUGGAGGCAGCUGUGUCUGAGGCGAUGGGCCCCCUGCAAGGCCCUCCCAGUGGUCCUGGGCACGCAGACGUGGAGGCAGUACUAUUUCUGCCGGUCUGAGCUUGAGUUCCGUGUGAAAUCUGGGCGGCCACAGGACUUCAUCUGCAAAGCUAUUUCUGGGCACACAGGAACCAUAGAUCAGCUGGCCUACGUCUCACCCCACGAGUACCGCUUUGAUGAAAAGGCAAGGUCCGUGGUUUGCACCGUGUCUUCAGACUGUACGGUGCGUGCCUGGGAUCUGCAGGAGGGCACAGAGAUAUGGUCGAGCCCUGUGCAGCCUGCCCCUCUGGUGAAUUUGGUGGCCUACCCUCAGCUGCAGCUGGUUGUCACUGUGGACACACAGGGCCUGAUCCGGGGAUGGAACACAGACACAGGGUCUGAAUGGGCCUUCUUCAGCUUGCCCACUUCCUGUUUUUCAAUGGAGGCCUGCGACCACCCAGAGGGCUCCUUCCUGCUGGUAGCCUGUGCUGAAGGGAACCUCUACACCAUGACGGUACCUCAGUUGCAAGUCGUCUCCAGAGUGGCCACAUUCCCUCACACCCCUGUAAGCCUCACGUGCUCACCUGACAAACAGUGGGUACUUGUGUCUGCACAAGACUCCGACUUAGGCCCAAAGGCGUUCUACACUCAGCCCUUGCUACACCCAUCAGAAGACAGACUUCCUGCCUCCGCUACCCUCCCCAUCAGGCUGAGCUCCAGAGCAUGCUGGGCUCCAGAGGAGGCGGCCAGGCUCAUGGUGACACACAGAGAUGACAGUGGCGUGCAUCUGGUCAUCACUACCUUCGAGUUAAAGGCCAACAAGUCCAGGGACAGAGUGAGCAUCCUGGCACAGCAGCUGGCCAGCUUCCCCCUGCCAGACACCAUGACUCCUCACCUCAUGCAGGGCCACGGCUCCCAAGUGAUCCUGCUCACCUCUGGGUCAGAGCUGGUGCUAUUCAACAUUCACGGCCUGCAGCUGCUGGCCUUCCAGGACCACCAGAGGCCCAUCACGUCUGUGUGGGUGGAUCCAGACCGUGUCAUCACUGCUGCCUUGGACCUGUCCUUGUGUGUCUACGUGUGGAAUAAGGAGAACACGUCUCCCAUUCUCAAGAGCUGUUAUCAUUUGCUCGGGGGAUCUCACAGAUGGGCCAGUGGAUUCACCCACGUGAAAAGCGACAGCAGGAGCAUUGCUGGGGUGGAAGCCAGAAGCACUGGAACAAGUAUUCUGAGGUCAUAUUGCUACAAGGUUCAGCUUGGGUAGGCGCCACCAGUUGAAGAUGCUCUUGCUUGGUAUGCAGAGUCCUUACCAAGGAUGUUGUCGGCUCUAGAGAAAGAACUAGCAAGGUGCCCGCUGCCUUCUCCCAGUGAGCCAGUCAAGUAGUUUCUAGUGUCUUAGGCUUCCCUGUCCUGCUCAGAGAAGCACGGGAGAAUCAGCACCAUCUCCAGUCACAGAGUGGACCGCUUAUGGUAAUUAACGGCCUGCUUGUUUGCAGCGUCCAGAUGGCCAUAGAGCUGCUUUUGUUAUCAAGAAUGUAAUUAAAAUAUUUUUAUCUGCCUGUGCUGUAGA